CACCACAUGCUCCCUCCCCGCUCCUUCUCAACACCGCAUCGCUAUGCUCCCACACACGUCCGGGCCCCUCGUUACCGCCGCCGGCCUCGCCGGUCUCCUCUUCUCCGAGUGGGCGGGCAGCUAUCUCGGAGUCUGGGUAUUCAAGCCGCUCGCCUCCCUAGGCUUCCUGCUGACGGCCUCGCCUGCACUCGCACCUUCGAGUGAGGCGCACAAGCACGCGCCGUCGUCCGCAGCUUCCAAGUCGGGGCCGAGUCACACCACACCCUCCUCCAACCCCUUCUCCACGCCUGCCGCGCCCUCCCCCCGCGCAGUCUUCAAUCGCUCGAUCUUCGCCUCCCUCGCACUUUGCGCCCUCGGCGAUGUCCUCCUCAUUCCCUCGCGCCACUCCUCUCUCUUCUUCCAAGCCGGCCUCUUCGCCUUCCUCCUAGGCCACGUGGGCUUCGGCGCGGCCUUCAUCCAGCGCGACCUCGAGCCGCGGACCACGCUGCUUGCGGGUGUCGCGCAGGCGGCAUUUGCGGGGAUCACGUGGCGCUGGCUGGCGCCCGCUCUCCCGCAGGCCGACCGCGUCCCCGUCGGACUGUACACCGUCGUGCUUUCGGCUAUGGGAGCGCUUGCUAUUGGCGGCGCGGGCGGAUGGCGGGGAAAGGAGGGCGCCAAGCGUUGGAUCCAGAUUGCCGGGGCGGUGCUGUUCGAGCUGAGCGACUUGUGCGUCGCUCGGCAGCAGUUUGUCGCACAGACGUUCGCGAACCCGGCGCUGGGGCUGCCGCUGUACUAUCUUGCAACCACGCUGUUGGCUACGCUGGUGUGGCCUUGAUGGAUCUUAGGUACACCCCAUGCAAGGUGUCACUGGUGUUGGAAAGAGUGCUGGUUCGCGUGUGAUCACAGACAACGAGGAAGGCCAUGCGGCGGGCGGGAGGUCGUUGACUCACGCGUGUGGAGUGAGUGGGAGACGGGGCGGCGAUGCGGGCGUGGCGAGGUCAGCGUGUGACACGAUACUGCUCUCUGCUCUCGGCGUGGGGGUUGCAAACGGCGCCAAGCACAGUGGGUAAUGAGCAAGGGACAGAGACGAUGGCGCAGUGGAUGAAGAGGUACCAAGUCGCGUCAACUGUUGCGAGCUUCCUUCCUCACUACAUCCUCGACCUCUCUAUCUCUCUUCUCUACAGACUCGCCUC